AUGUCCAAGGCCGCAAAAGGUGGUGCUGGUGCUGUUGAGCAGGUGGUGAAGCUCAUUGUCGGCGCCGGUCAGGCCAGCCCGAGUCCCCCGGUCGGUCCGGCCCUUGGUUCCAAGGGUAUCAAGUCCAUGGACUUUUGCAAGGAGUUCAACGCCAGAACCGCCCAUAUCAACACCGGUACCCCUAUGCCCGUCCGUGUUACCGUCAGGCCCGACCGCUCGUUCCACUUCGAUGUCCGCACCCCCCACACAUCAUGGCUUCUGCUCAACGCCGCCGAGGCCCCGAUAGGCAAGGGCGGCAAGAGAAAGGGCGCCAGCAACCCCGGCAAGGAGGUUGUCGGCACCGUCAGCCUCAAACAUGUCUACGAGAUCGCCAAGAUCAAGCAGUCCGAGCUCCGUCUAUCCGGCCUGCCCCUCGAGGGCCUCUGCAGGGCGGUCAUCUACCAGGCCAGGUCGAUUGGUAUCAACGUGAUUCCCUGAAAGAGGCUAUACGCUGAAAGACAUUAUACGGGCUUGGGAGCACGAAGGCGUUACGGUUGUUUCUUUUAGGUGGAUAGACCACGGCAUUGUUACCAAUAUUGGAUGGGGACUAUAGCCAUCGCUUGUGGCUCUGUGUAUCUUUUCUUGUAUCAUUAUUGUAUGGCAAAAUCUCAAAAUGCACAGCGGUGCCUGGAGCUGUUGGUUGG